UCCAGAUUGUUAUAAUUCUCCGAAGAAUCCGUCUGGAGAGACUCGGAUCGCUUUUUGGGGUGCGGCGGAUGCUUGUAACACUGUUUCUUUUUUCUUAUUCGAAAGUCACUUCAGUUCGGUGAUCUGACGAAGGUUUUAAAAACCUGCAGUAACUGCGAUCUGAUUGUUUUGGUAGAACUUACUGUCUAAGGAAGCAACCGCGCGAUGUUACUGUUAGACGUGGUUGGAUUUCUGACCAUAGCAACCAGUUUAAUACAAGCAACCGGGAGGGUGCAGAUAUCUACUCCCGUUUGCACGUCGAAUCUUUGCAGACAAGUUGCCAGUCUAAUCGAAACCUGCAUGGAUGACACGGUUGACCCGUGCGUGGAUUUCUACACCUACGCAUGCAACCGUUGGAAUAGGAGUUCCGCUCCUGCGCACGCCGUGCUCGAAUUAACGAUUUCCAAACAACUUAAAGAACUGUUCGGCAAUGGUAACUACACCAAUCCCACGGAGAAAAAAGCAAAGGACAUAUACAACCAGUGCCUCAACGAAACGCAUGAGCUGCCAUUUGACGACCGCACUAUAGUGCGCGCUGUUGACGACUUGUUGGGCGGAUGGUCCCUGUUGAAAGACAAUCCCAAUGUGUCCGAUUUUCCUCUGGACGAAGCACUCGUUCGCCUGCAGCAGAACGAUAUUCGAACCUUCAGCGACCUCUCGGUGCUAGCAGACGACUUGUCCAGCGACAAAAGCAUUCUGUUUUUCAACAUGCCGGUCCGUCUCUCGCAACGAUGGGAACUAAAGACACUGUCGAGCGUCACACUGCUCACCAAUCCAAUUAAUGCAACUACGCAGUUAAUGAACAAGUGGACGCCGAUUGUGAAGCGUUUAUUGAAAGCAACUAAUGCAAGUGCGCAAUGGUCUUCAGUUGAAAAGCGAUUUGAGGAAGCUGUUAAUUUAGACGUGAUGCUUGCGAUGGUGCGAGCUACUCGGCCAUUUGGGCCUACGGACUAUCUGAAGCGCUUAACGUUUGGCGAUCUGUCUAGACCACCAUUCCGUUCGCGAUUUUUAGCAAACUUCUUGCCGCUUUUCAACGCCAUGCUGGGAGCAUCCGCUGUGAAAUUUCAAGCCACGAACGCUACACAGUUCGGAGCCCCGCAGCUAGAAUAUCUGUACAAGUUGGAUCAGAGGAUGGCGCAGCUGGAAUUGGACGAGGAUGCCGGACUGGUAAUACUUGGUGAUUGGCUGUGGUGGAUCGCCCUCUAUCACUAUCACUUAGUAUAUCGAGGGACGGGGAAUUGCAUACGGCUUGUGAAAGCGGCCAUGCCGUUGGCCGUUUCGGGAAUGUUCUCCAAGACAUACAUAACAAGCGAAGCCGUUCAAAAGGCAGAAGAGCUGACAUCGGAAAUUUAUAACGGGGUUUGCGACGCAGUCAUUCUUGAGACCACCUGGAUGGAUCGAGAAACCCAGGAAGCCGCAAUAGAUAAGCUAAAUCAUACACUGCGGAAUAUCGGUUAUCCAGAGGAGUUUUUGCACAACUGGACAGUUAUUGAGGACCUUUACUCCAAGGUUCAAGCGGGGGUUUCUUUCUUCGACACACUGCGGACCAUCGAUCAAAGCAACAGUUGGAUUAACUUGCGAAAACUUUCACGCACCAACGCUCGCAAUGAUCCCUUUAGCCCGACCGAUCUUACUGCGAUAUUCGCCGAGAUGGUCCCGUUCAGCAAUCACAUUGUUAUUCCAGCUUCCCCAUUACAGCCACCUAUGCUUUACACAAACGAUUAUUUUGCAAUUUUCAACUACGCACGCUUGGGUUUUGACAUUGGCCACGAAUUCACCCAUGCUUUGGACACUGGAGGUAGACAAUUUGGGAAAGACGGGAAACCGUUUAACUGGUGGACAAAUGCGACGCAGAACAGCUACAAUACGAGAAACUACUCUUUAGUGGAUUUCUACAACAAUAUCACCAUAAAAAGCGGCAUUGUCGAUGGGCGCCAAACACUCAUCGAAAACACUGCCGACAACGGCGGAUACCGCGCUGCUCACUGGGCUUUUAAAAACUUUGUGCGUCGCACGGGAUACCGCAUCAAAUUGCCGGGCUUAGAAGACCUGAAUGAGGAGCAAUUGUUCUGGUUAAUAGGGGCUCAGAUAUGGUGUAUCAGUGAUCCAGCAUAUACCGACGGAACACACGCGCCGUUUAGAUAUCGUGUGCUGGGACCGUACAUGAAUAACGCGGAUUUCGGUGCAGCUUACAAUUGUACGCUGGGAUCUCCGAUGAAUCCUCUGAAAAAGUCGUGGUAGUGAUGCUUUGGCUCUUUAAAGCUGGUUUUAACUUUUAACAGCAAAAGAGCUAUUACUGUAUAAGGGCUUGGUUAUCACACCAUUACACACCCAGAUAUUUACCAACGCAAUAUUUUACCAAAUGCGCUUCAUUAUUAUUACUGCAACUACAAUAGCGAAGGUCCAGACUCCAGAGACAGAGACUUUAACAGGCCGCUUCCGAAAUCGGUUUGCUUGAUUUUGAAAGCUUAUUUUUUCUUUGGUUUGAUUUUAUGAGA